AUGGAAUCAGCUGACUAUGAGACUGCUGUGAAUGGGUAUGACAUCCCAGUGGAGCUCCUUUGGUCAUUUAUUUUGAAAGAUAAGAUGCUUCCAUCUGAUAAUGGUGACAGAGGAAGGAAUUUGCAGCAAAACCACCUUCCUGGUAACAGAAUUAGCAUCCACAGGGAUGCAGAUUUCUCUGAGAUACAGAAUCUUCAGUCAUCUUAUGAGAAACUCCCGGAUGUUGAAUUUAGCAAAGGUCUCUCAGAUAAGAUGUCAAUCAUAAGGCAAAAUGCAGUGCAUUCUGAAACCAGACAUAACUACAAGGAAGGUGGUGAUGGAUUUAUAAAACAAAACAAACUAGAAAUGCAUCCACAAACUCCCAUGGAAAUGGCAUGUAGUCAGCUUAAUUACAGCAACAGUGUAGCAUUCAAUAUUUAUGAUUUAACUGAUCAAUUAAGUCACAGUGGGAAAAGACAAAAUAAUGCAAUGGCAUUACAUGAGCAGAUAUGCAAGAAAAAGAAGCUUUACAAAUGUGUCACAUGUGGCAAGAGUUUUAAAACUAGAAAGACUAUAACAGUACAUAUGUUAAUUCAUACUGGUCAGAAGCCCUACAAAUGCACCAUGUGUGACAAGAGUUUUGCAUGGAAGCAUCAGAUGGUAACUCAUCAGAGUCUCCACACGGGACAGAAAAACUACAAAUGUGCCACAUGUGGUAAGAGUUUUAGGUAUAAAAAUAAUCUGCAUAGGCAUCAGAAUAUACACAUGGUGCAGAAACCGUAUAAAUGUACCAUGUGUGACAAGAGUUUUGCACAGAAGAGUCAGAUGGUAACUCAUCAGAGUAUCCACACAGGACAGAAAAACUACAUAUGUGCCACAUGUGGUAAGAGUUUUACAAGUAGAAAGACUAUAACAGUACACAUGAUAAUUCAUACAGGUCAGAAGCCCUACAAAUGUACCAUGUGUGACAAGAGUUUUACACAGAAGGGUAGCAUGGUCACACACCAACGUAUACACACUAGAGAGAAGCCCUAUAAAUGCACCAUUUGUGACAAGAGUUUUGCAACAAAUAGUCAGAUGGUAAGUCAUCAGAGUACCCACACUGGACAGAAAAACUACAAAUGUGCAACAUGUGGUAAGAGUUUUAAGAACAGGAAUAGUAUAUAUAGGCAUCAGAAAACACACACUGGGCAGAAACCCUAUAAGUGCACCAUAUGUGACAAGACUUUUACACAGAAGGGUAGCAUGGUUAAACACCAACUUAUACACACUAGAGAGAAUCUCUAUAAAUGCGCCAUGUGUGACAAGAGUUUUGCACAGAGGGAUCAGAUGCUAAGUCAUCAGUGUACCCACAUGGGACAGAAAAACUACAAAUGUGCCACAUGUGGUAAGAGUUUUAGGCAUAAAAAUAAUCUGCAUAGGCAUCAGAAUAUACAUACAGGUCCUAAUGGAGAGAUGAAAAGUCAGAAAGCAAAGGAGAGUAGUAGUGCUGAAAGACUUGGACGGCCUGAGGUUAUGGGUUCAAGGGAAGCUUUGUCAUUAAGUCCAGGUUCCGUAUCGGCUUGA